AUGCUGAUUAAUGUAUCACUGUCCUUUCAGUCUCACGGGGAAUUCAAGCAAGUAUAUUUGCAGCAACAGUUGAAGUAUUCUGUUUCUGAUGGAGAUGUUCAAAUUCAUACAUUGUCAAAUGUCUCUAGUCCAUCCAGCCUGGAUUGGAGAUCAAAAGGCUUCGUUUCAAGUGUGAAAAACCAAGCAGGAUGUGCAUCCUCAUGGGCAUUUAGUGCUACUGGAGCAUUGGAGGGUCAGUACUACAGAGCUACACGUAAACUGGAGAGCUUUAGCGAACAACAGCUGUUGGAUUGCUCAGAAGGCUAUGGAAACCAAGGAUGUGAAGGAGGACUCAGCACUAACUCAUUCAGAUAUGUACAACACCAGGGAGGGAUAUGCACUGAGGGAAACUACCCUUACUUGGGAUACGCGUGGUUCUGUGCUGACCGCUACUGCCCCACUAUUGGUACAUGUUCAGGAUUUGUUGAGAUUCUCUCUGGCAGUGAGGCAGAUUUGUUAGAUGCUACCGCAAACGAAGGCCCCAUUAGUGUGGUUGUGGACUCUUCAGACAUCACAUUUCAGUACUACAGUAGUGGAAUUUACAGCAGCAGUAAAUGUAGCAAGCGUAAGCCAAACCAUGCAAUGUUGGUUGUAGGAUAUGGAUCUGAAGAAGGAAUUGAUUACUGGAUACUUAAAAACAGUUGGGGUGAAGGAUGGGGCAACAGUGGUUACAUGAAGAUGGGCAGGAAUCAAAACAACACUUGUGGCAUUGCUACUGCUGCAAGCUACCCUAUAGUUUACAGACACUAG